GGCGGCGAGCGCGGUCGGGGCGGCGGGUCCGGGAGCGCGGUGGGACGGGCGCACGGCGGAGAGCGGGGCGUCGCGUCGGCAGCUGCUGCCCGGCGGUGGGAGGGAGGCGGUGAACGGCCCCACCGCUCCUGCUGUUCCUGUUGCUGCCGCUGCUGCCGCUGAGGAAAAGCAUGUGUGCAGAGUUUGGUGGCAGAAUAUUUAAGGUAUGUGGCAGUCUGUGGCAAAUACAUCUGAAGAAAGCGUGACUGGCUAAAGAGUCAGCUGAACUUGUGUAUGGAGACACAGAAGUGCCGGCAAGCCCAGGAAAAGAACUAAUUGGAAGACUAUUGCUAGACACAGAAGAAUUGGAACUUUUAACUUCUGCAAUGGACAGUGACUAAGAAUAAAUACAUUAGUAAAAACAUCAGCAGUGAAAAGGCAGGCUGGUGUUUUUUCAUUCUCUGUUGGAUUUUAUUAUUUAAGAGACAUUUUCGUCAUCCCAUUUAAUUCAUCUUGAAUUUCUCUGUGCAUAAAACUGUAACUGGACAAUUGCAUUUUAAUACUGUUUAAUAGCACUUUUGAAUGUUAAAUCUUUUGCCAAGAUGAGUGCUGAGGGAUAUCAAUACAGAGCUUUAUAUGACUACAAAAAAGAGCGAGAAGAAGACAUUGACUUGCACUUAGGAGAUAUAUUAACUGUGAAUAAAGGUACCUUACUAGCACUUGGAUUCAGUGAAGGGGAAGAAGCAAAGCCUGAGGAAAUUGGUUGGUUGAAUGGCUUUAAUGAAACCACAGGGGAGAGGGGGGAUUUCCCAGGAACUUAUGUAGAGUACAUUGGAAGAAAAAAAAUAUCUCCCCCUACUCCAAAGCCUCGUCCUCCUCGGCCUCUUCCAGUAGCACCAAGUCCUGCAAAAACUGAAUCAGAGAGUGAGCAACAAGCUUUUUCACUUCCUGACCUUACAGAGCAGUUCACACCUCCUGAUGUUGCUCCACCGAUUCUUGUCAAGAUAGUAGAGACAAUUGAAAAGAAAGGUCUGGAGUAUUCAACUUUGUAUGGAGCACAAGGCUCAAGCAGCGCAGUGGAAUUAAGACAAAUUUUUGAAUGUGAUGCCUCCUCAUUAGAUUUAGAGACAUUUGAUGUUCACACUUUAUCAGAUGCUCUCAAGAGGUAUAUCCUGGACCUGCCAAAUCCCAUCAUUCCAGCAGCUGUUUACAGUGACAUGAUUUCUGUAGCUCAAGAAGUGCAGAGCUCAGAGGAAUAUGCUCAGUUGCUGAAGAAACUGAUCAGAUCUCCAAAUAUACCUCCCCAGUAUUGGCUCACACUCCAGUAUUUGCUCAAACAUUUCCUCAGAGUUUGUCAAGCCUCCAGCAAAAAUCUCUUGAAUGCAAGGUCUCUGGCUGAAAUUUUCAGCCCUCUGCUUUUUAAAUUCCAGAUAGCAAGCUCUGAUAAUACAGAACACCACAUAAAAAUCCUAGAGGUUUUAAUCACAAGUGAAUGGAAUGAGAGACAGCCUGUACCAGCACUGCCUCCUAAGCCACCGAAACCUAAUAGCGUAACUAACAAUAGCAUGAAUAACAACAUGUCACUACAAGACGCAGAAUGGUACUGGGGGGACAUCUCAAGAGAAGAAGUAAAUGAGAAGCUUCGAGACACAGCUGAUGGUACCUUUUUGGUACGAGAUGCUUCGACCAAAAUGCAUGGGGACUACACACUGACACUGAGGAAAGGAGGAAAUAACAAGUUAAUCAAAAUUUUUCACCGAGAUGGAAAAUAUGGCUUUUCUGACCCACUAACGUUCAACUCCGUGGUUGAGCUAAUAAACCACUACCGGAAUGAAUCUCUAGCCCAGUAUAAUCCUAAACUGGAUGUAAAAUUACUCUAUCCAGUAUCUAAGUACCAGCAGGAUCAAGUUGUAAAAGAGGAUAGCAUUGAAGCAGUAGGAAAGAAAUUGCAUGAAUAUAAUACCCAGUUCCAAGAAAAAAGCAGAGAAUAUGACAGGCUCUAUGAAGACUACACGAGAACAUCUCAGGAAAUUCAAAUGAAAAGAACAGCCAUUGAGGCAUUUAAUGAAACAAUAAAAAUUUUUGAAGAGCAGUGCCAAACACAAGAAAGAUACAGUAAGGAAUACAUUGAAAAAUUUAAACGGGAAGGAAAUGACAAAGAAAUACAAAGAAUCAUGCACAACUAUGAAAAACUGAAGUCUCGGAUAAGUGAAAUUGUGGACAGCAGGCGCAGAUUAGAAGAAGACUUAAAAAAGCAAGCAGCUGAAUAUAGAGAGAUAGACAAGCGUAUGAACAGCAUUAAGCCAGACCUCAUACAGCUGAGGAAGACGAGAGAUCAGUACUUGAUGUGGCUGACUCAAAAAGGCGUUCGGCAAAAGAAGCUAAAUGAAUGGCUUGGAAAUGAAAAUGCAGAAGACCAAUACUCUAUGGUAGAAGAUGAUGAGGACUUGCCCCAUCAUGAUGAGAGAACAUGGAAUGUGGGAAAUAUCAACAGAAGCCAAGCCGAAAAUCUGCUACGGGGAAAACGAGAUGGAACAUUCCUUGUUCGAGAGAGCAGCAAGCAAGGCUGCUAUGCCUGCUCUGUUGUGGUGGAUGGCGAAGUAAAGCACUGUGUGAUAAACAAAACACCUACUGGGUAUGGAUUUGCAGAGCCAUACAACUUGUACAACUCGCUCAAAGAACUGGUGCUUCAUUACCAACACACGUCACUUGUGCAGCACAAUGAUUCUCUCAAUGUUACACUAGCCUACCCAGUAUAUGCGCAGCAGAGGCGAUGAAGAUCUUAAUACUCUGGGUUGUUUGUUGCUUUUUUUUAAAGAAAUUUGACAACAUUGAGGCCUCUGGGGAGAAAAGGCUCCUUUCAGCUUUACUCAAGAAUUUGCAGUAUCAAAGCUAUCUGUCUUCAGAUGGGACUAAAGAUUUCCUUCACAACUGCAGUGGGAGAGAUCACAGUGUUUUGCUGUGAAUGUAUGUUUGUAAUCUGAAGUACUUUUUUUCUUUUUUUUUUGUAAUUAUAAAAGAAAAACACAAGAGAAAAAUCCAAACCUGAUCUCCCUGCAGGGACAUAGAGGCCUUUAAGCAUGGUGCUUGUUUAUGACCACUUCUGAAGCUUUACCAGCUAGAAUUUUGGAUUAUCCAGAUACAAGGUAUAAGAGGUCUGUGUCAUUCAGUUAUUGGAAUUUUGUGGUCACAAUCUGACUUGGAAUGGUGUUGCUGCACUCAGUGGAUCGAGACAUACAGCAUCGUGGUUCUAUUUUGGUUUCUGGUGAAUGAUAUGUAGCAGAGUGGCACUUUCAUUUCUAAGGGACACUUUAAAAGGACUUCAGUUACAGUGUGUUGUUCAGACUAAUUGUAAUAGCAAAGUGCCAGGAAGUGUUUUGUUUAGAUGAUUAAAAAUCCUGUUUUAAGAAUAUAUUUAAGACUGAAGAAAACAGGAUUUUCAAUGGCAUACAGUGUAUAAUAAUGUACAUAGUACUGGAUGACUAACUGUCAUUGAUGGAAAACUGUCAAUACCAAACUGCUUUGUUUUUUCCUUUUCUGUUUGCUGAAAGCUGAAUUUUUAGAUUAUGCUAUGCAAUACUGGAUUUUCUUUAGGCUUCUCUCAAGCAUAUCUACAGAUUAAGCUUGUUUCUCUUGUUUUUUUGUCUUCUUUUUUUAUUUCUUUUGCCUAAGGAUAUUUUUUUCUGGUGAUUAUUUUUUGUUAAUAAUUUUCUUGGUGUUUUUUGGUUUUGUUUAUUUUUGCUUGUUUUGUUUUUUUAAUUUUGUUUUGUUUUGUUUUAAUGUACAGGGAGCCAGCAAGAGUUGGCUUGAGAAUUAAAACUAUGAAAUAUUUUACAAUUUUCGCUAUAUAGAAUAUUGAGCUACUAGCUCGAAGUCUAAAAAUUUAGUAAAUUUUUUUGACUAAAUAUUUUGUUGGGCAGUGCCUGAUAAGCUUCAAAGCUGCUUAAUUCAAUAAAAAAUAUAUGAACAUUGCAAAAUAUCACUGAGUCCAACAAUACUGUUUCAGAGAUAUCUUUAGAAUACGGUACCAUGCUACGUUUGCUUCUUGAAGCAUUUGGAACUUCUAUCAUGAUUGUCUUUGUAUAUGGAAGACAAGAAAAAUAGUGUAUCCUUCUUUGAUAGUGACUGCAGAAAAAAAAUGGGGAUAUUUUGCUACUGCAGUGUAGAGUGUAGGUAGUUUGGAUCUCAGAAUGAAUCCAGCUUCACAGUAAAUAAAUGACUUCUUGACCUCCUGUGACAGAAUUUUUGUCAGCCUGUAAGGGUAUUUUCAUUUCACAUGAAGGAAGUUUCUCUAAUCUGUUGCCUAGGUUUGUUUUUUGUAUUAGUAUUGUGGAAAAAAAAAGCUUCCACCUCUACUGAGAAUAUUUGGAUAUAAUAUAAAACUAAUUAAGACUUGAAAGUGAUUAGGCUAUGAUAAGUAUUUUCGAAAGUCUGUAGGCUGAGGCAGUAUCAAAGUGAACACUUCCAUAAUUUCAGGGCACCAGAGACUUUCAAAAUCAUUGUUCAGUUAAAGGAAACAAAUACAUAAAUCUCACUAAGAAAGAAUUACCCAUAAUCCUGGGAUAGUUCACUGUCAAUGGUUUGCAAUGGUUAUUUAUUGUCCUGACCACUGAGGUAAUGCACACAUUGCAAAUCAAUAAAAUAAUGAAAUUCAGAGAAAUCUUGGAAAAGAUUAGACUAAGUGAACAUAUGAAAUUAUUCUUCCCCCAAGAUGCAAAAUAUUACUAUUAAAGAGAGUUGCACACACAAUCAAAAGAGUGAGACCCAUGAAGUUCUCUCAUAAUAGCUCUGGUUAGAGAUCCUUUUUUUUUAUUUCAAAGUACACAAUGCUUUAUAAGCUAUUGGAAAUAAUAAUAAGAAAUUUGCCAGUCUCCAAUAAUUUUUAUAUUAUCUUUUUUACAUUGUCAUUGUUACUUCAGUUCUGAGGCUGUAAGUCUCAGAUUUUAUUUUGACUUUGUGGUCUUCUCUCUUUUUUUUUGGUUUUGUUUUUUUGUUUUUUUGGUUUUUUUUGUUUUGUUUUUUUGUUUGUUUUUUUUUUUUUUUUGUUUGGGAUUUUUUUUGGGGGGUGUUGUCUUUGCUUUCCUAUAUAGGUGCAUUUUCUUACUAGAAUUUAUAUCAGAAACAAGAUUCAACAAAUGUUGUUUCAUGAUAGUCAUCACUUAGAAAAUUAUUCUGAAUAUUUUUUCUGAUUAGAAGUUUAGUCUUCAUGCCUUCCCUUUCUCAUUCCACAUUUUUUUCAGGCCUGUAGGACCAUGUGAAUCUGUAAUACUGAUAACUGGUUUAUACGAAAAACACCAACAAUUACUCUAGCAUGCCAGUUAUACUACUGGGCUUGAAGUUACAGAUUAGUUCAAGAUACAGCAGUUUAACACUUAUAACAAUCCAGGAUAUUCUUCGGACAUAUAUUAAUUUCUGAAUGUUAAAUAUUUUAAGAGUAAAAUCGCAUUUUUUUCUGUAGGCAAAAUAUAUGUAAUCUGAAUUAAUGUUUCACGUAGCAUUUGUCAAGAAAUUUUUAUCAUAGUUAAAGCAUUUGGAUCUAAUUUUCUUCAUAUUAAGAAAAUCCCUGCUAUGUCAGUGGGCCAUAUCCUUAGCAUGCUCAGCCCAGUAUGGAAUAUAAUUCGUUCCUGUGUGCUGUGCAACUUCUCUUUGUGUGUGGCUGUAGCAGAAAAAAAAACUGUGUGUGUGCAGAUUUGACACUUGCUUUUCUUGCACAAGCAACAAUGAGAAAUAAGCACUAUGUUGAAAGGAUGAGUGCUUAGGGCUUCUUAAGGGGAUGUUCUGCCUACACAGGGUCUGUGCAAUUUGCAGGGAUCAUUAAUGCCCUCAAAUUGGCAUGAGUGGGUUUUCUUUGGUACUUACAUAUUGUGUGGCCUCUGCAUUUCUCUCCCUCUUUAAUGCACAGAGCUAAAUCCUGCCAAAGGCCCUAUUCACUGCAGAGUUGUUUGUCUUUAAUGUACAAUAUUGUUCACUCCAGUUUUGAUUUGAUCUCAGACUACUAUAUACAGAAAAAAAAAGCAUGGGGAUAUAACAGAAGAAACACAGUGUUUUUCUGUAUUUCUAUUGAUGCAUAGUUUUUUUCAUCUAAUAUAAUUCAUGGACAGGCUUUAUUCUGUUACCUUUUUUUUUUUCUUUUAGUUUGGGGAACUUUUUACUUUAAAUCCCUGAGUUAUGCUGCACUGCAGCAUCACUUUUACAAAGCCUUUGAAAGGCAUGAGACAUAGCAAAGAGAACCAAAACUCACAAGCAAAAUUAAGAGUUUCUGAUUUACUUAAGUUGAAAUAUGAAUUUGCAGGUUGGGGAUGCGUAUCUGUGCAUACUCACACACACUUGCUGUGUUUAUGUAUGAACAGUUCCCAAUAUAGAUGCAUUUUCAUAGAACACGAUCAUUUUGCUGAGUUUAAUAAGUGAUAUCAUUAACUUUGUUUAAAGACGCACACAUGCACACUAGACCUUUGUGGGUGCAGCAUGUUUCCAUAUACAGUUAGAAAACUGAGUUUCUGUGUUGUUGGAUAGUUUCUUUAAAAAAAAAAAAAAAAAAAAAAAAAAAAAAAGCUUGUCUGUAUGGUUCCGUUAUCUUGUCAAGCAAUCUGUAAAACCAAAUCUUCAGAUUUUCUAUUUGGUGUCAACUGUUCUGUAGUGACAAAAUGGCUUCGUCUUGUAAUUGGCAAUGAAAUAAUAAAUGCUUGGGAAAACAUUCAGAUGCUUCUAAUGGGGAAACUGCCGAUUUUCACACAGUGCUUUUGCUAUGCAUGGUAUUAAGUUGGGAAAGUGAAUCCUGAUUCUGUUUUUUUCAGGGUCACUUUAGAAAUGGGCAGCUCAGAGCAUAAUGCCUCCCUUGGGACAAGAUUACAAAGUGCAACAUUUUAUGUAGAAUCAUGUGCUGUUUACUGCAGUUGAGACUAAACUGUAGGAGUUGGUAAGGUUACAUUGCACUUGUCCUGAUGAGAUUGCAUUAGCUGCCCAAGAUGCUGCUAUUUUUUGUUUUUUUAAUUCUUGUUUUUUGAAAAUAAAGCUCUGUUCUGUUACAUGUCUUUAAAACAUUAAGAUUACUUUGUUUUAAAAUUGUCUUGAGGAGGUGGAGGGUAAAGCAGAUUGUAAAUUGCCUUUACAAGGCAACAGUGAAAACAUGCCUCCUUAAAAUUUUGUUCAAGCUGUAGAGUUGAUGGAGCUGUGUCUUGUUUUUGAGUUGCUUUAAAAAUUGUAAUAAGUCUUCAAGCAGAAUAAAGGUUGUUUUGAAACUGCAA